AUGGCAGAGUCCGUCUUUGAGAAACUUUUAGGUGAUAAGUUAUCUGGGAAAAAUGGAGACGUUAAGACCGCGGAUAUCGAAGGCGAGGGAAAGACGGUUGGUUUGUAUUUCUCAGCCCACUGGUGUCCUCCUUGCCGCGGCUUUACGCCUAAAUUGGCUGAGUUUUACAAGAAGCAUCACGGAGAGAAGAAGUUUGAAAUAGUUUUUGUGAGCUCGGACAAGAAUGAGCACGAAUUUCAAGAAUAUUAUGGCCAAAUGCCCUGGCUAGCUUUGCCGUUCUCCGAUCGAAAUAAAAAGGUAAGCUUAAGCUUAUAAACGUUCGCCAUUACUGUAAGCUUUUAUUUUAGCUUGUAGCAAAGAUCAUUUGCGAGGUCGUCAGCUGUUUACGUCUUGGGUAUUCUAGAUUUCACUGAGGUGGAAAAGGCCAAUUACCUUAAAAAGAGAAAACAUUAACUGUUUAUUAAGUAAUCAUAACAAGUGAUAGCAAACAACUGAUGCUGUAACUUUGGUUCACGGUCGUCUGACUUGGUUUAAUAUUCCAGUUAUUAUUGCCCUAGCGAUAUUUUUGCAUCCCAGUCUCGCGUUGGGAGCGGAUCCAUUUGUUUUUCAAUUUGAGUUUCGAUGUUGCUUUUUUCCCGUUUUGUGGUUGAGGAAGUGAAAUUAUACACAUUUAUGAAUUCAAUAUAAGCUUGAAGCUUAAGUUCCGCAUUGUAAAAAGAUGAUUUCAGCUGUCUUUAUUCAAAUGCAAGAGCAUGUCAUCCACUCUUUAAUUUAUAGCAACAGCGCGCACAAAAUAUUUAGCAAAAAAUGUUUUGAAAGGCAAGUCUGAUACAUAUUAUCUGUAACAUGAUGAAUUUCAUGCAGUUUAUAUUGGCCGGUCACUGUGAUGGUUAUGUCUGGUUCUACUUAAGUGCCACUAACUAAAGUGCAUUAUAUUAUUACUUGGUUGGGCCUGUUUGGGUGUCUCAAUAUUAACCAAGAGUUCAGAAUAAAUUAGCCUCCUAUGCAGACAUUCUUAGGAGUUUGUCACGCUUCUUGUCCCACUAAUGCACCUAUCAAUGUUAAGCUGCAGGGGGGGGAGGCCGGGCAUAGGCGGGGGAUUUGAACUCAGAUCAUUUUUUCUGUUCAAAUGCCCGACCCCAGGGACGUUAUCGCUGGUCAAAAGAGUGCAAAUUCCCCAUCCCCCUCCCCUUCCAGAAAAAGGCCAAGGCAUUAGUCAAACAAGAAUUAAAAUAGGGAUAUACAGGAAUUAUAAAGUUGUAAAAAGCAAGAAGCAACAACUUCAAAAUGUAACGUCCGUUUAAUAGAAAAAUGUCAUGUAAUUUAUCUGGAAAGUAUAUAAAAAUUUGAAGACUGUCUCAACUGAUACUAUUGAACAAUACAGCAAAACAAGGAAAUUCUGGUAUCUUAUCAUGAAAUGUUAUGCUACAGAUAACUUUUAUUUGAAUUGACAUCCGUUUAUAACUCAUGGCCAUUAUUCAUAUUUACAUCACCAAGUAAGACUAGUUUAUUUCAACUUCAGUCCGUAACACUUUUCUGAUUUUUAAUAGUACCAACAGACCUAUGUCCUAAAGUAACUAAAAAAUGGAACUGCAUACUUUGUAAACAAACCAAGAUGUGACAUUUUGACUGGGUGAUGUAAUUAUCUAUACUGGCUUUUAAAACAGGAACGAUGGAAAUGAAAUAUUUAUAACCUCUGAUUUGAUUUCAACCACGCAUUAAUUAACAUCUCAUAAAUAUGUAUGAAACAAUUGUAUUAAAAAACAAAAAGAAUAUCGCAAUAUAAUCAAUCAUGGCACUGAUGACAUAACAAAACGCAAAAAACGGCCCGAUGGGCUCUUUAAGCGACAAAAUUUCACAGAUUUCUUACCUUCUUCACGGAAACCGAAGCAGCCUCCAUUUUGAUGUCUGCUGGUUACCAGGUCUCAGUGCGCCGAAAAUCCAAGAUGGCGUCGGUGGAGCUCAGGCCACUAACGGUUAAAGUCAAAAGUCCCGACCCCCGGGACUCGACGAAUGAUCAAAAGUCCCUGCCACGGGCAGACUUGUUACGUCAAAUCCCCCGCCUACACCCGGCCUCCCCCCCCUGCGGCUUAACAUUGAUAGGUGCAUAACUUCUGCUGACUUGAGUGGUAGAAAACAGAGACCAAUCACAGCACACUUCCAGAUCUGGGAAGUGCAGCUUGGAACUUGAGAAAUUCGGCACGAGACUCAGCUCCAGAAAAGAUCAGAAAGGUCUUGAAAGUGAAGACCCCCUACUUUCGGUUACAACAUACAAACCUGCCGUUGCCUCACCCACAGAACAACUUUAUGAGCAAGUGACAUCUAAUCCAGCCUUAACAAAGCGAAAUAUACAAAAUGCCAAUGCUUAUCUCCUAAAUAUUCUUGUCCGGAGCUAAACUCUUUGGUCACAUAUCACACUCUACCUAACUGAGCUUGUAUGUAUGUUUUUGGCUUCUCAACACUUUGACUUCAACAGUGCCGAUUGGUUCCCCAAUAAUCUGCACGUGAGCUCCAGCCUGAUAUUUGUGAACAAUGGAAAAGGAAUUUAACCACUCAUUUCAGCAGACGUUAGUAGGGCAGGAACACAUGACGAACCCCUAAGAAUGUCUGUGUGGGAGGCUAAGAAUGAAUAGACUUCUUUAGCUUGUAUGGGUCAUAUGAUAAUACUCAAGGGAACUGUUUCUUUCAAAUUUCGUCUUAUUCACGUGCAUGUCUAUGCAUAAUUUAUGAAAGGACAGCAAGCCCUGGGAUUUCACGGUAACGAUCGUUUCAGGUACUGUGUCGUUACUGUGAUCUUAAAAUGAUGGAACCGGAAAAUAGAUUCCCAGUGACAUGUCCUGAUAUAUUCAGACUGAGGUAUCAAAAUACGCAAAUACGUGUAUAGUAGUUUUCCACUCAGAUUCUUAAUCAGCACAGCAAUUCUUUAUGACUCAGCUUGUGUAUAAACAAAAUUUAAAAAAAUCAAAGAAAGACUAUCAUCAACUCGUGGGUACGUUGUUUAGAAAAUAAUCAAUUAGUUAUGACCUCUGGUUUUCCCACAGUGAAUUUUAGGAAAUGAUAGAAAUUCACAUUAUAAAUAUACUAUCCUUGUUCUGGAAACACAAUACUUUUCUUGCUGUUUAUUGCACUUUGGUAACAGUUAUUUAAGUAUAUAUUAAAAAAAAAACAGCAAAACAAAUAAGCAAACAAGACAAAACAAAAAAGAAAAAAAAAAAAGGAAGAAGCGAAAAAGUAGGUCCUUAGCACGAUUUGAACCCGGUACCUGCGGUUCGACCCGACCUCACAUAGCCACUACGCCAUUGAGGAUGGUCACAUAAUUUGGCGAAAAGUCUCAAAUUUAAUGCCUUUUCCAUGGAACUUCCGCCGGCAAACGACCGGGGCAAACGAUCGAGCCAUAAAAACGACUCGAAGCAACGGGAUGAAAUUAAGGCUAAUUGAAACCAGGCUACUGACAGUAAAAAACAAUGUAAACGCAUUUCAUGGCAAUGAAAGAACGUAUGCGAUACAAAGCCAACACAAAUCCUCCGCGAAGUAGGACGCAAAACAUUAGCUUAUGUUUUCUUAUCUCGAUUUCCGCUGUUAUUUUCAAAAGGUAAUGCUCAAACUCACAUCCAUUUCCCCCCGUGAUCUUGGAGAGUCCUUAAGAAGAAGAAGAAGAAGAAGAAGUGCCUUUAUUUACCAUACAUUUCACCAGUCCAUAUUUUAUAGUCCGUAUUUUAUACCCAGUCCGCAGUCCGUAGUCCACAGUCCGUGUUUUAUACUGACCGCCAUAAAUUCAUUCAUACACAUAACCUACUACAGUACUACAAGGUAGGAGACAAGCCAGCGUCGAAGUUGAAGGAGUCGAAGAGCAAAUGCUCAUCUUCUUGUCAAGUUUAACGCCUGGACGGGUCAAAGGCUCUUGAAUCGUACUAAUUUGAACGAUUCCUGCCUGUCUUAAAUUUGGUAAGACCUCUAUCCUAACCGUGCUGUAGCGCACGAUGCACGCUUGCAGCGAGGAAUUUGAUGCUACCGAACUUCGGUGAGCGCGUGCUUCUUUGGAAACGAUAGAUCUUCGCGCUCUCGAGUUCGGACCCGAUUAAUUACGAAGUGCGUCUACUACGAGUGACUGAGUGACUCAUUUGCAUAUCUCAGUCCCUGCAAUAACUCGUGGUACACUCGCGCGUACCCACGAGUUAAAAAUGAGACCAUUUUUCUAUUCCACCAUCUUGAAUCAUUCCCAAAAUGCAUUGCAUGUUACUGAUAACUCAUAGGUGAAAGAUGUUUGACAGUUAACAGGAGUGAUUGUUAUGGCUUCCAGUGCGAAGAAAAAAAAUAUAUGACUCCAAAAGUUUAAAAACGAUUAGAUUGUAGCCUUUUAGGGACAAUUUCACUGUGAAACUGAUGAUGAGGCCCUAAUCUCUUUAUGAAAAGACAAAAUCUGUAGUGAAGAUUUCAAGUGAGUAUACUUCUUUAGCUGGAUCGAAGAGGAGUCUGGAGUUUUUGACACUUUAGUGCACACACAUUGACAUAAUAAUAGACACUGAUGUUCUUUAAUUUUAAAGUAUGUUUAACAACAUAUUUCUGUACAUUAAAGAAAAUAAAAGUGGGUUCCUAUGAAUUUUCACGCAACCCAAAAAUUGUUACCUAUAGUUUCUUAUGAUCUUUGGGCACGGAACUGAAAAAUUGUUAUCCAUGGGAUUUGAAAUCCUAGGGGUUGAAACAGGCUUAAGUUCCCCUGGGACCUCUAUUUUAAAAACAAACCACACAAGCUAAAGAGGUCUGUUGACUCAGAUAUUAACUAAUUCACUCUGGCCUCUAAAAGCUAUCCAAGUUUAAGGUUUUCUGAAUUCCUUAAUUUUCUUGCCCACAUUUUGUCGCUGUGUGCUAGGUACUAUAACCUUUAGGUGAGUUCCAGGCUACGGGGUUGAUCUUGGCACAAACCGCUGUGCAUUUCUUAUGAAAAUUAAUGCUGAAGAAAAGCUAGUCAGCACAAAAAUCAAACAUGAAAAACGAUGCAGAAAUUAAUAAUAUUAUUUCAAGUAUUGUAAAAUUCUGGUAUUUACAGUAUGACUGGAGUCCAUGUUCUCUUCAUGUUACAUUUUCAAUGUAUGAUAAUUUGUAAUUACUUUAUGAACAGGAACUCCUUUCACAGAAGUUUAAGGUGUCUGGGAUCCCAACAUUAGUACUCUUGGAUGGAAAAUGUGGAAAAGAAAUCACAAAAGAAGGCCGUGGACGUUUGUUAGAUGAUCCUGAAGGUGAACAAUUCCCUUGGAAACCCAAAACAGUCAGUGAAUUUUUCAAAGACAUUAACCUGAUCAACAAUGCAGGGGAGAAGAAAUCUUUUGCUGAUCUGAGUGGAAAGGUUCUUGGCUUUUAUUUCUCUGCUCACUGGGUAUGUACACUAUAAGAUUUAUAGGUGCAUACCGUAUUUAUUUGGCUAUAAGCCGAUCUUGGCUGUAAGCUGACACCCUAAACUUUGAAGUUGUAGAAUCAUCAUAACCAAGAGUGAAACAUAAAUCCAAAACACCCGGCUAUAAGCUGAAACCCAUUCAUUACAAGACCUUUAACUACUCUAAAUCAUAACAUUUUCGAAAAAAAAUGUGACCUUCUCUAGGAAAAUGCACAAUAUUAUUGUUUGGGUUUUUCGCUGCAAUCGAUCUUUCCUCAUGUCUUCAUCGCAUUAUGCUUAAAAUGAUGACAUAAAUUGCCUUUCAAUCAAAACAAACCACAUCAGUUCGCGUUGCGUUCAUCCAUGCUUAGUGACCAGGCAAAUGUUUUGAUGUACAUGUUUGACCAGACAUGGAGGAUUGUUUACACAUUUCGUGACAUCUUUCAUUUGUUUUAUACCUUCCCUCAUUGUAAAAGGCUUACAAUUGUGAGAUUUUAAGUUCUGAGACCUGUUUUUGUCAGCUAUUUGGACAAUUUGGGACUGAAUUUCUGUGCUUAGCUAACUUAACAUUCAGAUUUGUUGUUGGGUGAUUGAUUUGAUCUUUGCUGCUAUUUGCUCAGCUUAUAAGCGAAUGCAUCUCCAUUUAAUAGAGUUUCAAUGCACUAAAAAAUUGUUUUUGUCAAAAACUCUUGGCUGAAAGCCAAGACUCCCUAUUGGGCUCAAAUUUCACUGAACUUUAGCUUUAAUUUGUGUAAAAAUCGCUUGGCUUAUAGCUGAAUAAAUACAGUAUGUACAGUUGACUCUCUUAAUGGCACCUCCGUAAAUGGACACCUAGAGUUGAUCCCUUUCUUUCUUUACUCCCUUUAUAUGACUCUCUAUAUAACGGACACCUACUGUACAUUAGGUCUCUGCCUUUCUUUAUAUCCUUUAUAUGACUCUCUAUAAGUUGGACAUCUCUCUAACAUGGACACUAAGUGCUGGUCCCAAAGGUGUCUGUCUUAGAAAGAGUUGACUGUAUUAUGAAGGGGACAUAGUUAUUAAAGGGGAACUGUCUUGACACCAGUGAUUGCUAAAGAAAAUCAUAUCUUCAAAAUAAUGUAGCUAUGAUUUAGGCAACGUUAACCCGGAGACAAUACCAGCGUGUCAGCGGUUGAACCCAAGGAAGGCAGGCUUGUGCAGGGUGGCUGCUGAGUCCCCAGGGGCUUGCAUGUGAUUGCAUAACUCAGCUUUAAUUUGCCUGCUUUGCUUUGCUUCUGGAUUAUUGUGAAUUCAUGAUUUGCUGGUUUCUGCUACCAUUCCUCCCACCCUUGGAUAGGUUAAUUAUGGGUUGUGGUAAGUAUUUCUCCGAGCUUUUUCAGUGUGACAGUGCUGAGCGAUUGGCACUUGCUUGGUUGCCAUGGUUACCUCCAAGGCAUCUCAUCUAAAGAGAAAAAAAUGUUCCCAGGGAACCUCAAGACCCUGCUACAGCACAGCCCUGUUCCAUGAUGUUGUUUGUUUGUUUUUUUUUCAUUUUUCUACAUUGAUUUUGUAGAAGUGACAAAAUAGUUGGCGACCCAACAAAUAGUUUUUUAUUACAUUGGGCGAUUCCAGAAAAUAUCCAUACCAUACCACGGACGGCUUUUAGGAUUUCCGAAGGGGAGGGGGGGUUCACGAUUAUGGAAUUCUGAGGGCAUGGGGGGUAUUUACGAUUGGAAAUCCGAAGGCAUGGGGUAACUCCACAGGUGGGAUUUCUGGAGUAGAAAGUGUAGAGUGAGUUCCUUGAAAACGCUAUUGUUGUGGACUUUUGUAGUUCGUAAAUAAACCACGAACGUAUGACCGCGGAAGCAGAAGGCAAGCAUCGAUAGAUCAGACACGUGUUUACACUCAUAACUUAUAGAAGUGAACAGUAAAAUGUGGGUUUCACAUUAACCUUGAUGAAUUUCUUGUCACAUGAAAAAAAAAAUGGAAUAUGUAUCUUACUGCUUGCAAGUUUCUUGUUACUCCCAUCCGAUGAACAGUGAAAAACUCUCACCAGUCCCUGGCUUCCAAGGAACGCCUGUCAGAUUAGAACACUUUUCGUGCACACUACAUGACCUAUAAAAGGACGCUACACGCCUCGACGGUAUAUUUGACCACCGAAAGAUUUUAACAGUCUGAAUGUGAGCUAUUUUGCUUUGUAAACGUCAAAACAGCACAAGAAAACAAAGAGGAGUAAAAUUGCCGUUAGUGGUGUUUAUUUUUAUUGCCAAAUUCGGACCUAAAAAGGAGUUUGCACAGCCUGUCUACUAGCGGUAGGUUAGAGUCUGAAAGCUUGUCGCCUGGCGCCGCUAGAUCACAGCCUUGAGGAGGCAUAAAUUCAUGUUCGUUUGUUCAUAUAGGCGUUGCAAAUGCGUUGAAAAUGUACUUCCAAAAAAACGGAAAUUCUGAAGGGGAGGGGGGGUUCACGAUUAUGGAAUUCUGAGGGCAUGGGGGGGGUAACGCAUUUUGGAAUUUCCGAAGGCACGGGGGGGAUAAAACAUGGAAGCCGUCCGUGGUUGGGUAUGGAUAUUUUCUGGAAUUGCCCAUUGUGGCCCACUCAUAAGGACAGUCUAAACAAAUAUUUAAAUAGACAGACAAAGUAAGAAUCCCAGCUUUGGCUAUUAAAAAUAUUAUUUUUUCAAGUCUGGCUGAGGAGUUUAACUUGGGUUGCUUAGAACAAUCUCAGCUAGUAGACCAAGUAGAAUUUGAACCUUGGCUUUCCUGGUUGUAGUCGAGCUCUCAGUUUCAGUUUCAGUUUACUUAUUUUCCAGAAAAAUAUAUAUAUUUAUAAUAUAUACAGACAUUCAAAAAUUACAAAAAUGAUAGUUAAUGAUUAAAGAGACCUAAAUUACAAGUGGAGGAAUUAGGCAAGGCAAGGAAGCACAAAUUGAAACCUUGGGGCUUCUUACAUGAGCUCCCUCUCUAACCUGAGACUAUAAAAUUAAUAAAAUAGAUAAAUAAGUGGCAAAAUCAUACUGAGAUAUAAUUAGGAUAAAAAGCAAGCAAAACAAACAAAAAGCAGCAAAAACAAGUUUUUUUUAAAAGUGGCAAAUCCGCUUAUAAGAAAUGUUUUCAAUCUGGAUUUAAAAAGAGAGAUCUCGUAAUCAUGCAGCCAUGCUACCUUCCACAAAUUAGUUAUUUAUCAGUUUAUAACAUUUUCUCAUUAAGACAUGAUGAGAUCAACUCGUGACCUUAAAGUGCUCAAUAUUUUCGCCCAUGUGCAAUUAAGCUAAGAAGGAAAGCUCAGUUGAUAGCAUUUCUUUUUUAUUAUAUUUAGUUUUAUUCCCACACGAACACAUCCUACUUGUUUGUUUAAAACCAAGUAUGGGAUCAACUGAUUAUAAAUAGAAACCUCUAUCACAGUGCAAGUACAAAAACCUUUAACGCCAGAAGAUAUUUCUGAUACAAUGUAUGUGAACCAGUAAAUUUGGUAAUUGACAGAUUUAGAGUGGCACUUGUGACAAAAAGCAAACAUCAAUUCAAGUUGAGAAUGUCUCAAGAUAGAAAAUGAACAGCUAAAAACAGUCCAAAAGUGAAACAACUGUGAAUCUUCUAAGGUCAAGCUUCUACUUUUGGUGUAGAGGUAAUUAACAGUAAAGCACAAGUUAAGGGAAAACUUGGUCACGGGGUACAAAUUCAUGUUUGCCAUUUGUUGUAAAUGUGACUCUGAGACCCAGUUCAAAUGUCAAUCUUUUCAUGUACUGAACCUAAUCCCAAGUCAGAUCAACAUUUGAAUCAAUUAAGUCUGACAUCUUUUAUUUGGGUUGACCCAUGAAUCAGGUUCAUGUAGCCUACUUUUUAGCCUACAUGGGAAUUUUGACUGAAGAGCAACCCCGGGGGGGGGACUCCCAUAUGAAACAGACGGGGAUGCUCGUCGGAAAUUUUGAAUUUAACCCCUAAAGGAGACCAUCUGGGCGUGGCUCAAGCUUUUUGUGAUCCCUAAAGGAGACCAAUCUGGGCGUGGCUUAAGCAAAUUUUGACCCCUAAAAGAGACCGCUUAAAAACACACAACUACGACAUGCAAUGAGUUUUAAUGAUAUAAAGACAUAACAAACAAAGUUAAAAAGAAAAUUUGAUUUCUGUUUCUCUUCGCGUAAUUCUGUGUUUCUUCGCGGAACCCUAAACGAGACCUUAGCGCCUUAAAAUAUUGGCGCUUUGCGCGGGACACCCUAAGCGAGACCAAAAUCCAAAAUUUACACCCCUAAGCGAGACGACGAGCAUCCCCGUCUGUUUCAUAUGGGAGUCCCCCCCCCGGGAGAGCAACUUGGUUUCCAGUGUUGAACCUUUUAUGUGCUGAACCUAAAGCAUAAAUUACUGUAAUUUAUUUUCAUUGGUAAACACUGUAAACCAUUGUACUUUAUACUAAAAAUGAACUGAGUUUGAUGAAUUACAUGUAAGUUUGACAUCUGAAUCAACCAUUGAACUUCCAUCAUUUGGGUCAACCCAACUGAGUUUGUUACAUGAAAAGUUUGAUGUUUGAUGGGCCGGCCUGAGUCUCUCCAAUGAGAUGCUUGUGGAACUUUUUUUUGCAGUGCCCACCAUGCAGAGGAUUCACACCAAAGUUGGUUGAGUCCUAUAAAAAGAUAGGUUCAAAAGGAAAGCCUUUCGAAAUAAUCUUUGUGAGCUCAGACAGAUCACAAGAGGGCUUUGAUGACUACUUUAAAGAUAUGCCAUGGUUUGCUAUUCCAUUUGGUGAAGAACAAAUGAGAAAGGAUAUAUCAACGAAAUUUUCAGUCCAAGGUAAGAAUCAAGUGGUGAUAAAUUAAAGGACACCGGGUGCUUCUUUUAUGGGACAGUAGUGUGACAGUCCAUGCAUUACACCCCUGUAGCUAAAACAAGGCUUGAAAUUAUAUAAAUCCUCAGGUCUCCUUUUGGUGACCAACUGGAGAAAUAUAGCCGCCAGAUGCAAAUUUUUAGUCGUCGGUUUGAAUAAUGUAAAUGACGGAGCUCAUAAUAUCAGGGCUUCUGAUAUUUAGUGUGGUCGCGUAGCCACGAAAUUCCGAUAAACCCGCAAGAUCCCGCAAAAUUCACAAAACAUACAAAAUACCACGAAACUUGUUUGGAAUCUUAUCAAAUGCAUGUUGAUACAACAUAUUAUUUUAAACUUAUCUUGUCUAUUGGGGCUGUUUAAUUGCCAUAAACUUGUCUUGAAACUUCACCACAGCGAAGGAACAGCAUCCCAAAACUACCAGGCAUGAAUUAUGCCGUGAAAAACUGGGCACUAGUCAUGAUGUUAAAAACCUUGCCAUUGGCUCAUUUCUUGAGUGCUUUGUUGUUAGAAUAGCAAAUGGUUAUCUCUGUUAAAAACAUUAAACACACUCAAAACAGGGCAAAAUAGAUUGAUUUAUAGCGAAAUUUGCCCAGAAAAUUCCCACAAAAUCCACCGUUUUUUACCUAUUGUUUCUCGGCCAAGUUAGCCCCGAAAAUUUCUUCGAAUCUGUCCCUGAAAAUCCCGCAAAAUUUGACUUCCACCACCUAUCAGAAGCCCUGUUGUGUGGCGUGAUCCAUCAGAUUUGUUUUUUUUAAAAUAACACGGACAGAAGUCGGUAUAAAUUUGGAGGUAAACUUGCUUUGUUUAUGCGAUUCGGAACAUUUUUUAUAAUGAAAGCAAAGCGAGAUAAGAUGAAAUGUUUGUUGUAACUUUACUCUUUUAAUUUCAAUCUAAAUCAUAGAGAAAUCUGGUCGCCAAACUGGCAACUAGAUCAGAAUUUUUAGUCACCAAGGAGAAAAUGUUAGUCACAUUGGUGACUGUGUCAGUCGCAAUUUCAAGCCUUGUAAAAAACUUUAACUUAGCAGAUCAUUCUCCCUGAUCUGUAAUUAAUGUUGGUUAAAUUUAAGAGUUACUAGCAAUUAUUGGACGACCUCAGUUGAGCACAAUAUCAUAAUUUGUCACAAUAUUUUGAUAAUAAUGAUAAUUUUAAUAAUUGAUCUGACAAAUCACGAUAUUUUGUGAUAUUUGACACUGACAAAUCACAAAAUAUUGCAAAAACCAAGUUCAAUAAUUUAUUGUUUUAUCAUUCAAUCACCGAGUUUGUUUUUUAAUGAAUAUCUUUGUGAAGUGAAGCGAUCUACCCUUCUCACACAAGAGCGAUCGCGAGAAGGAGAAAGAUAUUUAUGCAUGAGCAGAAUAUUAUUUGCAGCCAAACACAGUUGGAUGACAUUGCACAUGAGCAGAUCAUUACUUGUAGGCAGUUAUUUGCUGGUCAUGUGGUGGGAUCUCCGCCAAUGAAAAGGAAGAACAAUUUGCUUCAUAUGAUAAUAUAAUAUCUCUUACAUCCAAACAACUUACUCCCAGCUGGUUUGAAUGAUUCUUUGGUUUCACUUUUUCUUGACGCUUUCAUAGGUAUCCCUACUUUGAUCUUGUUGGAUGAAAAAGAAGAAGUGAUCUCUACAAAUGGCCGUGGUUUUAUUGCACAUGACCCUGAGGGGGAGGUGAGUCAUCACAACUACAAAAGACACGCUAUUUAUAGAAGGACCAGUUUUUUAGGGAGGGUGGGGGGCAAGGGUGUUUGAAAGUACAGUUAACGGACAGAUGUUCACAUUAGCAACAUUAGUUAUUACCGGUAUGUCAUUAUGUCGCAAGUGAACCAGGCUUUAGGCUGAAAGACUGAAUUGACAAGCAGUGGCAGUCUAGGUAAUCUUGUGUCUUUGCUGACUUGCCUAAGUAUCUUGCUUGCUAUCUUGAGAACAUGCAAAAAAGGGCCCUUUCCAUCAUUUUGGCCUGGUAUUUCGUAUGAAACAGCACUUGAAAAAGUUGCAUUAUCCAUUCUUUCUGACCGUCAGGCAGUCUUGUGUAUUAAAUUUAUAGGUAAGGUUCGGCCAGGUAACCAUUAUACCCACUAAUACACAACAGAGUGGUACCAAUAUCGUACCAGUUUGUGUCUAAGAUCAGGGAGUUCUAGCAGGCCCAUGGCCACAAGGACUGAACGUUUCUCAAAUUUUAUUAGUGUUAAAUAUUAAUUUCGUCAAUAAAUGUAGCAUAUUAGUAUAUAUAUCACAGCUUGUAAGGUAUCCUACAAUUCAGUCUUCCGACUGCAAAAGGGACAAUAAACCAGUGAUUUGAUUUGAUUUGAGCACCACACAAUAAUUUACUGUUUACAGUCUAUAGCUACACAGGUCCUUUGAAUAUUUGCCCCAUGCAAAGCCCCUUGAAUUAUUUCUCUUUUUUUUUCAGGAGUUUCCGUGGAAACUUAAACCUCUGAAUGUUCUCAAUGAAAUGACAGUGAGUACCAUCAAUGAAGAACCUUGUCUGAUAUACUUUACAGGUCAGUAAAACACUAUAGACCCAAAUUUCGGUUUGUAUGUUUUGCUUUCCCAAUUCAGACUGGUUGAUGUCCUCAAAGGGCCUGAAUUUACCUUUUGUCUACUAGUAAUUCUCCUCUCUGGCUGCUAUACAUUUCCUCAAUUGUACAUCAGUUAAAAGAACUUGGAGUCACAUCAAGAUAACUUCCUCUGGCUGAUACUUUUGCCUAUUCUCAUCACCUGUCUGCUGGACAGGAAAAGGUGUUGAUAUUAAUCUAUAGAUUUAGCCAAGGCUAAAAGCAAAGCUCCCGCUCCACUUAGAGCUGAGCCUGCGAUCAGUUGAAAAACUAGUAACGUGUCAGCGGAUAACUUCAAAAGAACACGUAACGGCCUUGGGUUGACACCUGAGCCCGCGAUACGUUCAUGUGAUACUGCUCAGCGGAUUCCCUGUUUUGACAGCUGUGCAAUAGAGACCUUUAGAUUCUAAGACGAGUACGACUACGAGUACGAGAUUUUCUCAAUACUAAGUAGUGCACGCGCGUGAACCAGCGUCAUUUUGGCGGGAAAACGUGGUAGCCGUCGUCACUCUACUACGAGUUUUAGCGAGAAUGUCGAAGUAGCGGAAACAAGUUAUAAAAUGUUAAAAGUUUUAUCAUUUUGCGAUCAGGAGAGGGUGCAACCUCCUUCAUUUAAGGUAACAGUGCUAACUUUUCUAGUGAAAAAUGGUAAAAUGAAGCUUUCCGGGAAGUCUGUAUUUUGAGAAUACGCGAAAAAACUUGAAGUCAAAUCUCGCACUCGUAGUCGUCCUCGUCCUGAAUCUAAAGGUCUCUAAUAUCAGGUUACAGGCUCCCACAUUAAAAGUAUGAGAUUUCACUUUGGUUUCCUUGUGGUGCGGACGGUCCGACGGACGUACGGUGACGGAUUUACCAAAAUUCCAAGGAUGGAUAGAUUAGCUCCGCUAUAAGGAGAGUUUGUAUGCCAUUCAGUCUGGGAGUUAAGGUGGCUCAGCUAUUAAUACAAGCGCCCUGGGCCCGUUUGCGUAAAACCUACACUUAAGUGCCCACUUAAGUAGGUCACUUACGAAUCCGUUAUGGGUACACUUACGGGUGUUGCAUGAAACACAUUUAGCUACUCUCGUAAGUUACUCUUUUACGUGGUAACUUACGGGCUCACUUAAAGGCACACGUAACUUUGAUAUAGUACUUUAUUAAUGACUCACUCUUUUUUUUAAGCUUAAGUGAUUUAAUGCAACUCACUUAAGUUACGAGGGCACGUACGCGUUGUUGUUGCGGGCGUUUUAUGCAACCUGGCCCUGAGCUUUGGCGAACUUUUCGUCAUAACUUUUAUGGUACGUUUUAACGGAACAGCUACGAAACUUUGCAAAGAACAACAGCUAUCAUUCGGCAAUAAUGCUUAUUGUUAAAUUUUCAACCUAGAAUAAUGCAUUUGAAGCAUUCUGAUUGGCUCAUUCAAUCUCCGUUAUCAGCUCAUAUACGUUAGUUUGAUCUUAUAUGGAAAACGAUUACGCUAAGUGUUGCCAAGCUAAAAAUUUUUCGCCGAGAAGCAAAAUUUCUCUCGGACAAAAUGGCGGAAAAAUAAGUAGAUUUCAAGAGCUUUCUACCGAAGAAAUACAUGAAAUGCUGGAAAAUAACAUACCGGCAGCGACGAAAAAAGCCAAAAUCUUUGGUUUGAAGUUAUUUAAUGAUUCGUAUUUCCAAACUUUCCUUACAAAUUUAAAGAAAUUAUAAUUUUUUCGUACGUCGAGAUUUUAAAUUCAGGAUUAUGUAACAUCAUCAACAACAACAACAACAACAAAAGUUUACCUUUAAAAUUUUCAGAAUGGCUUGCAAGUCCUUUCGGGAGUGAGUUUUGAAAACCAUGAGAAGGAAUGAGCAAAGAAGAGCUAAAUGUGUGUUUGAAGAGCUUUUACACCUCUGCUAGAAAGAAAGACUACAAUUUCUAUGAAAUCUAUAAGAGCCGCAAUUGACCGCUUUCUCCGCUCGCCACCACCAAAAAAAGUCUGUAAAGCAGUGUGGUGUAAUUAAGGGUGUUUUUCCAGUGGCUGAGUGUGACGAAAUAUGUGGAGAAUGUUUUUCUAACACACCGCUGUGGUCCUGGGUGUAUAGGUUAUGUGACCUAAAGGCAACCAGUUGCUUUUGUUACGUCCGCCAUUACGGACUUUCCCACCCACCCAACCACCCGGAGAUUUCAGUUUUGUAGGCUGUUUAAAUGUACUUUUUAAUUUAGUUAGUGUUCCACCUUUCUGGGGUUAUGUUAUGUCUACAGUUUUUAUGAAUUUGGAAUAAAGAUCAGACUGUGGCAGUCUGCUUGGCAUGGCUACCAGUGGUGUGUGAGAACACGGUUUUAUAUUAUGCAACUUUGUAUGCUUUGUAUAUUUGUUACUUCAGAUGGUGAAGAAGCCUCCAUCAAAAGUGCCAAGGACAUAAUUACACCAGUGGCUGAACAAGAACAGGAGUGCGACUCACCUGUCGUAUUCUUCUACUCCUUGGGUGAUGACACUUCUGAUAGCUUGCGUGACUUCAUAGAUAUUCCUGAUGAUGAUAAUAUCCUGGUAAUACUUGAUAUUCCAUCGCAGAAAGUGUAUGUUGCUGAGGAUGAGGUUUUAAGCAAAGAGGGUGUGCAGAAGUUUGUGACAGAUUUUGCCGCAGGCAAAUUGAAAGGAAAGAAAUUAAAAGGCUAGAGUGGUUAAUAGGGAGCUUAGGUAAUCAGACGACCACGACAACGAUGACGUCAAAAAACAAUUGGUUUUAUGAGCAAAACAACAGCUCUGCACGAGGAUGACGCUUUUAGUACAUUUGCUUUACACAAUUACGACGUAAAACCACCUAAUGCGACCUUUUAUGGAGGACGUGAACAUACAGCGACGAAUUUUCCUUUGUCUUUUUUAACGUGGAUAAAGUCCUUAAGAAUUCAACUCUAUGAAACAUUUGACAAAUUGAACGGCAUGGAAAUAGACUCGAUGAAGAUUGAAAGAACACAAAUUCAUUUUUUUAGCGACCUUUUCAUUGACGUCUUCGUCGUUUCUUAAGCUCCCUAAUAAGAAAAAUGUGACGUCGCUGUCCACAAGGAAAUAUUUUUAAUCUUUUAAUAUUUGCGUGAAAUAAGGCUUUAAGUGAUUAUUGAUCUAUAUUGCCAAAUUCUCUUUUGUUCAUAAUUACAUAGGAGCAAAUUGAAAGGCGAAUAGAGUAAUUAAUCAGAAAUCACUAAGAGCCUUAUUCCAAGCACUCCUUACAACAAAUGAUUUUACGGUCCCACACAAGAACCUUCCUUUUACCUUUUUUUUAACAAGCAUGUGACUGGUAAAAUAAACCUAUUUUUUAUUUUGAAUUCGUUCAGCUUUCCACAAUUUUUGUCAACUUUCCAGGAGUGAAAAAAUGUGCCAGUUUUUUAUUUCUUUUAAGUUGUUGAUGAAACUAUUUUUUGUGCCAUUAAGUUAUCAGUAGGGUCAGAAACUCAUAAGGGGUUUUCAACCCCUUAUGAGUUUCUGGUAGGGUAAAUUAUGCCCUUGUAUAAGCUUGAUAUUUUCAAGGUUCAAGGUUUUAUUGUUUUCAGGGGACCCUAACGUAUUGUGCAUUCCUAUUUAGACAAUGUGUUGUUACUACAUUUUAUUCUUACAUUUUAAGUAGUGUAAUUUAUUAACUGUGUAACCAGCCCAGUGAUAAUUUAUGAGGUGAAGUUUGAUAGGAUUUUCAAAAUAGGUGUCAGUGAAGGUCUUUGUGACAUGGCUAUAUAAACGUACCGGUUAACUCGUUUGUAGGGCGCUCCAAGAGUCAUCUGUUUGACCAUUGAAAUUCGUGGUUUGCGGAGGGUGCGUAUUUCUUAAGAAAAAAUAAGCGUUUUUGUUAUAUGGCCAAGUCCAUUUUCGCCAUGCGAUUGGUCAAUUUGUGGUCCGUAACUUGCUAUACGGACCAACAUCUCGAAAGCAAAUGCUCACUUCGUAACUCUAAAUCUCUUUAAUCUCGAAAAAAAAGGGUUGAAAGAAAUAAUAAGACGUCUGUCAAUCUUGAGGACUGGAUGUUGAAACUGAAUCGUAAUCUUAUCGAAGAAGAGGAUUCCAGUGAAUUACUUGAAAAUUUUAUCGCAGUACACAGUUAAGACAACGAAAAUCGACUGGCAGAGAUUCGAGACGUUUUGCCCAAGAAAAACGAGCGAUUCCUUCGAUAAAUAUGAUAACAAGCAAACCUGCACCUGAUCAUCUUGACAAGCUUCUUUGCCAUUUGCAGUGAUUUUUUUAAAAGACCAACGAAAGAAAGAUGGAAGCGACUUCGAGCCAGACACAAUAUCCAGUUUUCAAAAGACUCCAGCGUCACAUUGGCGAGCCAAUACUUACAGUGCUCUUUUGACCGAAGAAAGUUUUUCAACAUGGUGCAUUUGCAUUUUGAUUUUACAUUUUCAAAGGAAACCUUGUGCUAUUGUUUGUGAGCCAGUUAAAAGUUUUAUUUUCUGACGCCUGUCAACUGACUGUCAAAUCAUUUGUCCUGCACUUGUUUCCGGUUUCCUUAACCAGGAAGCCAUAUAAUAAACAUCUUAUUAGCCUCGUUUUUCGUUCCGUACAGUAAAUCACGGAUACUCCUUUUUUCUAUCGAUUUAUGCGCAAAGCGCGGGCCAUAAAUCGAUGGAAAAAGUCAGGGUCGGCCUGUCAUUAUACCCGAAAUAUGCCCGAAAUUCUCCCAAAGUUAUUCUCCAUAUAUCCAAACCUAAAGGAAGCCUAGGAUACCAUUACACCCGAAAUCAUUUGUGUUCUGGUAAAAGAUACCAAAUACUUCCACACCAUGGUCAACCUUGCCAUUACUAUAACUUGGUCCAACUGCUCGCCCUUAGCCAAAUGCGCUUUUUAUAGUUAAUACUUAGUAGUACAGCGUGGCUGCUGUAAGUGAAACUACAAGUAGCCUUAGAUGGUGGUGGAACUCAGUGAUUUCUGUCAAUCAGUAAUGUGGGCGCGCGAGGGGAGAGGGAGCUCCCUUUCCGCUCCCGUGUCUCCCUCGCGUGUCCCGUUCGCAGGCUGGUCCGGCUUAUGCUUACGGUUUGACUGUGAGCUAAGCCUGAAUAAAAGCUUGAAUAAGAGAAACAGAGAACUUCACUCCAUUUUGACAUUGAAGGUCAUGAAUGUAUUUUCCAUGAUAUUGUAUACUUUAUAAUGAGUGAAUUAUUUUCAGGAGCAACUAAGUCCGCAUAGCCUACUCGUAACUUAAAAAUAUUUGUCAAACAGGCUGUUUUUAAUGUUAGUAUUAAAAUUGUGCACGAUAGCUGAAGUGUUGGACGUUUUCUUAGAUCAGUGUUUAAGGCCUGCCCACCCGAAUCCGGAUAUGCUUGAAACCGCAUAUUUUUUUUACACGAACCGGCCGCGGAUGAAUGAGCGGAUUGACAGGUUUCGUGUAGACGAAAGGUCGAUUCGUAUAUGGAAACUGUGCGGUUUUAAAAAUAUCCGGAUUGCCUUAAUUAUCUCCAUCGUGUUUUUAGAAAGUAAUCGCUCGCUUCUUAAAAGUGCACUCUCCAAUGAAAGUUAAGAAAUGAGCUCUAAGAAUAGACCGAUUGCAAAUAUGGCGACGAUUUCACCAAAGCGAGGCUUUUCGGUAGCAACCGUUGCUAAGGGCUGGUUGCUGUGUUUACCCGUGCCGUUGCUGGAAAGACUGCAGCUUCUCAGACGUCUUUUCCUUUAAAUUCGACAAAAAUAAGUCAAUUUUCUUCGCUGAAAAAGGUUUCAAUCUGGUAUACACGCUUUGGAUACUGUUUUUCUAUGCUAAAUUGAACGAUAAACUGACGCACAGCGAUCACAGACAGAGUCAUUUGUAGCGAUCGCGAUACUUUGACUGCCUGAUAUUUUUCAUUCAUUGUAUUUACGGUUCACAUGUAAUUAUCAUUCUAAAAGCUGAUCUUCAAUUUUUAGAAUUUGAUUGCAUGCCAUUUUUGCUGUACAUUUAUAAAUAGUACCAUGCCUGAUAGUUGUUGUGUGCCUUUGUGCUGCAAGAGUGGUUAUCGUGUAGGGCCGGAUGGGAAAAAGAUCACGUAUCAUUGCCUUCCAUCGGAUGCUGUAAGACUGAAGGUACUACUUUCAAUAUUAUCGUUCAUUAAACCUAUCGUUUCAGAUUUUUGAUAUUUCUCGAUACGACAUACAUUUCAGGAGUGGCUUGUAAAAAUUCGACGAGACGUAUCUCCAGCAUUUCAGAUAACUGAACGAACCAAAAUCUGCUCCUUGCAUUUCAAGAUAACUGAUUUUCGUGUAACCUUGACUGGUCGUCGAUAUUUAAAGGACGAUGCUAUUCCCUCUAUCUUUUCAUGGUCGACAGCAUCCCCUAAGCGAAAAUCACCACGUAAGAGGUCACCAAGCGAUUCCGUAGCUCAUGAUCACAAGCCAUCCUGCAGUAGCAAAAAUGACCGCAACUCGGAAAGUGAUGUGGAUCAAAUCAGCCAGUUACGUAUGCACAUUGCUCAACUUGAACAAGAAAAGAAUAUGCUCCAACUUCACAAUAAACAUCUUUCGAAAACUGUCGAUGAACUUCUCGCAAACCAGUUUGGAAUAACAAAAUUUAUGGGUGAAGACUCGGACAUCAACUUUUACACCGGCUUCCCAAAUUAUCAAACACUACUGGCUUGCUACAAUUUCUUAAAUCCAGGGGAAAAUGGUGAGAACAUUGUUUACAUCACUAGUGCGAACGACGAGUUAGAGUUUCCGGCGUUUCCAAUCAAUGAGAUUAACCGGGGAAACAAACCCGGCAGACGUCGGAAACUAAGUACUCUGGACGAGUUUUUUAUCGUCCUUAUCAGAAUGAGGCUUGGAUAACUUGAACUUGAUUUGGCCCAUAGGUUCAGGGUACAUGUAUCUACAAUUAACAGAAUUUGCAUAUCCUGGAUCAAUUUUCUGUACUUAAAAUUCGGUCACCUCAACAUUUGGCCAGACAGAGAGACAAUAGAUAAAGCAAUGCCCCAGUCUUUCAAGGAUAAGUACCCCAAAACAAGGGUUAUUAUUGAUGGGACAGAAAUCAAAUGUCAAACCCCUUCCUCUUUGGUUCUGCAUAGUGAAACUUUCUCUACGUAUAAGAGUCAUACGACAUUUAAAGGUUUGAUUGGCAUUGCACCGAGUGGCCAUAUAACAUUCAUUUCGCAACUGUAUGCUGGGAGCAUUUCAGAUAGAGAGUUAACUGUCAGGUCGGGGCUACUCAGCUUACCUUUUUCCCGUGGUGAUGUAGUAAUGGCUGACAAAGGAUUCACUAUUUCAUAUCUUCUGGAGCCCAUUGGUGUUGGCUUGAAUAUCCCCCCAUUUCUUGGUUUAAGAAGUCAACAGACCCCUUCAGAAGUUAUUGCGACUCAGGAAAUUGCGUCCGAGCGUAUUCACGUGGAAAGAGCGAUAAACAAAGUAAAGAAUUUCCAAAUUUUUAAUCAAGUCAUUCCACUGUCCUUAGCUGGUAGUCUAAAUCAAAUGUGGACUGUUUGUGCUGUGCUGACAAACAUGCAAAAUCCAAUUAUUUCAUAGCAUGUAUUGUAAAGAGGUGUACAAGUACAGGUACACUAAUGAAAACUCAAGUUGAGUUAUUGUCUAGGGGAGAACGUACACAGGAAUACUUGCUAUUAAACGGUUUAAGUUUAGUAUACAAAAUAUUGUUUGCAAAUAUUUCGCUGCAUUUAAACAGUUCAGAUCAAGAUUCUUGUCAAAAAUUAAGUCGACCUAUUAUUUAGCACGUGCUGAUACUGCCUGUAGCUGUUGUAGUAGCAGUUAAAACGGUGCACGCUGUUGUUACAGCACAUGCUCCAGCUGGCACUGCUUGUGCCUUGAAAUAUGCAGCAUAGUGCUUAAAAAAAAAUUGUUCCAAUUUCAACAGCAUAGAAGCAAAAAAUUCAGGAUCAAAAUAAAUACGUUCAAUGACCAUCCCCUUGAAUGUAUAAGUGACAAAGUCACACCACUUAGCCCCUGUAAUUCCCAUUUGCCGCUGAACCUGAUAAUGAUAUUUGUGCGUCGUCUUAAGCGAUGGAAAGUCAUCCUUUUUUUCCAGAUGAAAUUGACUGUCACCGGCACAUGCUGUCUCAGGAGUGACAUUCCUGUGUUUGUACGGACAUUUAAUUUCAACGAUCCCGUAUGGGCGAUUCUCUGUUACGUCAAUAACCUUCCCAUCAGGUGAGCAACCGAGGAAGGGGAAGGCAGGGUUUACAACAAAGCCUGAUGGAAAGGUCUUUACGGGAUGUCCACUGUUUACAAGGUAGUUCUCAUACUGUUUCAGGGCCCUGCUUUCAUUUUCAAUGCCAUGCUUUAGGGGAGCUGGUACAUUUCUUGAGUCGACAGGCGCAUUUUGAUCGCUAACAAGGCCUUUCAGGAACGGGCUGGUAAUCGAUUUUCGACUUAAAAUUUCUCCAAAUGUCGACGCUGUCAAUCUUGGUUUCCUUUCAGUCCACCAGCGGCUACUGUUUCGUUGUGACUGUGUCGCCCUUUCAAGAUCUGCAGCAUUCUCUUCAUUGAUUCUUAGUGAGUCAUAAAAUUGAUUAUGUUCUGAAGAGCACUGGUGACGAUGAACAAGGGGAAACCAAAGAUAACGGGAAAGAAGGGUAAAUUGUUCUAGGGACAUCUUCACUGCUAGCCGGUUGCUUAGAUAAGUCUACAUUACACGUCACUUUAAAGUUCCCUUCAGUGGGUGCCAUUUGAUAACUGAGAUACCCUCCCAAGGGUGCAAGACCAGCCCUGGUAGGUACCUUCUCACUUCCAGCAUUCAUGUACAAACUGAGGCCAAAGUUCUUGUUGACCUUCUUUAAAUCAUCCUUAAAGCUCUCAAUCUCUGCAUUAGUUGGGGCUGCCUUGAUUGCAGGAUACAGUGAACAAGUAAUACCAGGGGGAUACAGAAACUGAGGUACUCUCACCUGUACAUGUCGUGCCUAACUUAGGUUUUUUUGAAAAUUAUUUCCAUCAAAGGCUCCGAUGAUAUAUUUUUCCCUCUAGGCCUAUGCCACUGCUGUGGAAGGGAGGUGCAAACCAAGUCAUCGGGGAUCAUUUUAGCUUUUGUCAUGGAAUAGUGGGAAACUAGAUACAUUAGGCCUACGGCAUGAUUACAAAACCCCAAAGAUCCAGCGACACAGGUGCAGGAUGAAGCAAGUACAUCGUAAGGUUGCUCUGUUGAGAUCGCUAAUCUUAUUUUAUGUGGGGGUUCACUUUUCCGUAGACUUCGGUAGCAAAGGGCUCUGAAAUAAAAGGUUUUGCUCUCUUUGUGAUUCUUGGCCCCGACGUUAUGAAGGUAUCCUUCGAUAAAAAAAUUAAUUGACACCACGUUCAAAAGGCUUCAUUACCAUGUAGUCCGGGGAAUGCUGAAUGUUUUUACCGGAGUUUCGGACAUAUUUCACAAUGGUAUUAUACGUGAAUGGAGGAAGAUCGUCCAGUAGUUGGUCCAUAUUCUUUUCAGAGGGACAAAAUCUAAACUUUUCCUCAUUCUCCCUAACAAGAUCUGAGUCGCUCUUUUUGCUUCGAGCACGAAGUGCAGCGGCGGUCGCUUGAUUAUUUUGAUCAUUUUGCCCGCGAUCAUCUGUACACAUUUGAAGUACUUCCUUCACUCUGCAGAAAAAAAUCAACAAGGGACGCUAAUUUUAAACUUGCAAUCACUUAGAAAAAAAUAAUGAGACAAAAGACAAAGGUACAUUUAAUGGUUUUCAAGUCAGUGUCAAGUGUAUUUAAUCAUAUAAAACACAGGGUUAAAAACGCUGCCGGCUUACUUUGCAACAAGUUGGGCCUUCACUGUUAAUCCUUUCAGGCUCACUUUCUUCCUUACAAGAAUUUCUUUUAAUUCCUUCACAUGCAUCUUUUCCACGGGCCUAUCCUUUAUGAACUUAAUACUGUUCGGUAAAAAGAACAUACAGUGAAACUGAGUCUAAAACAUUUUCAAGAAGUUCAAAUUCAAAGUCGGAAAUGAGUACAUCGCAAUCGUGAUUUUUCCUAUCAUCUACGUUCCGAUUUGAAUAAUAUAGGCAAAAUAAAAAGCACUGACCUUUAUUUUAACACAACAAACCGACGAUGACUUCUUCUUGAAAGUUUUUUAUUGUUUCCAGAGUGAAAAAACAACAAGAUAGUAACGGACUUGCAUUAUCAUUUGAACAAGCGACCAGCCCUUAGCAACGGUUGCUACCGAAAAGCCUCGCUUUGGUGAGAUCGUCGCCAUAUUUCCAAUCGGUCUAUUAACUACAGAAUACAGAACACGAAGGCAGUGACAACAUUGUUGUCUAGCUAAUAUUUCAGAAAGUUCAGAGUGGCCCUGUAUCUUGCAGUUGCAGUUACUACCCAGUCAGAGAACCCAACGCCUUUUUAACAUACCACCAACAAAUCCGAACGUCCGAAACUUUAUCUUUUCGUGUGAUGCAUGUUUUUGUUUAGUGUGUGGAGAACCCGCAAUAAGGCUUUUGUUUUAGCGAGCACGAAAGGAAAUAAAAUUCGAAAUGGUGGUUGGUGU